AUGGAACAAAAAACAUUUGGCCGUGUGUCUGCAAAACAAUCGCUGCUGACAAAAAGGGUGGAUUUGUCAUACGGUAUUACUAAGAAGGAAAGCGAGAAGAAAUCCAUAUUAUUAAGAGGUGGCGAGAGUGAUACGAGGCAAGUUUGGAACGAGACUAUAGGAAGACUUCGCAGAACCAGCGCCCCGGCAGAGUUGCCACCAAUAAAAGAUGCACUACCAAAGUUGACUGUGAAAGCAAGGGCACGCACACUUUCAUUACAAGGAGGAGAAAAGAGCAGUGAAAUGCAUGCAAAGCAGUGGAACACAAGUUACACAAAAAACAACAAAAUCUGCGAAAACCAAUCUAAUGCUCGUGCUCUUGUCAGUGCUAAAAUAGAUGACACACAAAAAAGACCUUUAUCUGCCCUGACAAGCAGCAACAAUUCUGUUACAACAUGCUGUUUGGGAAUAAAGGAUGAUAAUAGUAUCUUAGAUUCCAGAAAACUUGUUGGCCGCAAAUGUUUGACCCAAGAAGCGUUGAUAUGCCAUGAACUAGGACUCGCAGAGAUGGAUGAGGACUCCGCUGAUAAGAAAAAGAACAUGAUUGUUCGUUGGUUGAACUCAGAAGCAUUGAGUAGUAGUACUUGGGAAGGACUGGAAAAGCUUCGUUCUUUCCCUCAGCUUUGAUAGACAAACAUCAGAUCAGAAAUUUAAGAGUAUGGCGUUGGUGGAAUUAUUAAGUGUUGAUGCGUUUUUCAGGGUUGCCCAAUGUUUUUUAAUUACCCAGUGUUAAACUAUUGAAAUUCACAUAUUAUAACCCUGUCGAGUUUGUUUGUUUAUGAUGUAACAAUAAAGAAUUUGAAAAGGCUUCGAUUACGUAACAUUUCUUUUGAAACUUAAAGUUCGUCUUGGAGAACUCACAUAUAGUAGCCUUAAAACUGUUUACCUUCUUAAUAACCGAAAGAUGCUUUACGGAGAGCUUUUUCUUGUGAUCUCUGCUCUAAGUGCGAAGUAGUGGAAUUUGCCGUUAUGAGCUCAAUUCAGCAAUAGAAGAAGCAUUGACCUUUGAACUUAUGUAA